AUUUAUUAGUAAUACUUUUGGAAGACUUGUAUUGGUCAGUAUCAGUAACAAACAGCUCGGGAUAUCCGAUUCUGGUGAUGUUUGGAGUUCUCUGCGGCCGUCCCAGACUUUGGCAGCUCUUACCCUACGCUCACGGCACGGCGGCGGCGCCUUUCGACCGCCUCCUGCGGAAUCCCCUGCACACGUUGGCAGCUGCUGCCGACGGAAGAGACUUCUUCUCGCGAUUUCCCCCGGUGAGGAGCGACGGCGCCGCCUCCGUCUGGCACACCAUUCUGCCGUCGUACUGGCGGCGCAAGCGGCCGGCGGUGUUCGGCCGCCACGAGAGCGAUGCGGUGAAGCACGGCGAAGGCUCGUGGAAUGUCGCGUGGGACGCGCGGCCGGCGCGGUGGCUCCAUCGCCCGGACUCCGCCUGGCUCCUCUUCGGCGUCUCCGCCGGAGCGCUGCAGGUCGAUACCGAUACCGAUAUCGAUUUGGAUUCCGAUUCAGAGGUUUUGGUGGCGAGAGAUGAAUCUAAAACCGAUAACUAUCGAGUCACUGGAGUGAAGGCGGAUGGGAGAUGCUUGUUUCGAGCGAUUGCGCACAUGGCAUGUUUGAGGAAAGGCGAAGAAGCUCCGGAUGAAGUUCGUCAGAAAGAUCUCGCUGAUGAAUUAAGAGCUCAAGUGGUUGAAGAGCUCUUGAAGAGGCGAAAAGAAGUAGAAUGGUUUAUUGAUGAAGAGUUUGAUAUGUAUGUGAAAAGAAUUGAACAACCUUAUAUUUGGGGUGGAGAACCUGAAUUGCUUAUGUGUUCACAUGUGUUGAGGUCUCCAAUUCGAGUCUUUAUGAAAGACAAAGGUUCAAAAAAUUUAAUAAAGGUAGCUAACUAUGGUGAUGAGUACAGAAAGGAGAAGGAAAAUUUCAUUAACGUUUUAUUCUAUGGAUAUGGACAUUAUGACGUGCUAGAAGUAAUAUUGGAGGUAAAAAAAUAAUGUUUUGUGGCAUAGACAAAAAUCAUACACUUAUUAUGAGAAAAAUAUUUGGAUUGGCCUUGAACCUUAAAAUUGAUUAUUGAUGGUUUGAGCUGGAA